GCAAAUUCUUUGUAUAUCUGUCAUUGUCGAAUGUGAACUGUGAAAUUCGAACCAGUGAAAUGGAGCGUAGCUCUAAUCUCCCCAACGAGCGAAUUAUUUGAACUACUUUUGACAGUGACAGGAGUUUUAUAUUUAUAAACUAUGGAGGAAUUUAAAGAACUGUCAGUUGACUCUUUUAAAAAUAUAUGCAGACUUUGCCUAGCACAAAAUGAAUUAGAACCUGUUACUAAACAAUUAGACAACAAUAUUAUUUUGUCAAAUUUAAUUUUAACAUACACGUCGAUUCAGGUCAAUGAAAACGAACAAUUCCCAACAAAAGUGUGUCGAAUUUGCUCAGACAUACUGUAUGCUGCUCACAAAUUUAUAGAAAAAUGCAAAAGUAACCAACAAAUAAUAAUAUCAAUUGUUGAACAAGCUAAACAAUCACAAAAUGUGCGCACUCCAGAAAUUGAAACUUCCGAAGAUUACGCAUCAGAUAACUACAUUAAAAGUGAAAAUGAAAACGAUUCUUGUAAUGAAACAGUCAAAACAGAAGAUUCAGAUAAAGAAGACACACAAAACACAUGCAUAAGAAAAUUAAGAAACAGACCAUCAACUUUAAGAAUGUACAACAAAUCCAAAUUACGCCCAAAACGGGUGAAAUCUUACAUCAGAACAGUGGAUGGUCCACCAUUUGUUUGUUCUGUGUGCAGUGAAAGUUACGACGAUUAUGCGGCAUUAAAAAAACACCGACUAGAACUGAAACAUCUCAGACCACUAAAACAUACUUGUCCACAUUGUGGCAAGGGUUUCUCUCACAAAUCCAGAUUGGAAGAACACAUAAGAACCCACACAGGUGAAAAGCCCAAUGCAUGUCCCACAUGUGACAGAAGGUUUAAUUCUAAGGUGGACUUGAAAAGACACAUGCACACACAUUCCACAGUUAAGAGGUACAAAUGCAAGUACUGUGAUAAAGGAUACAAUAGAAAGUUUGGGCUAAGAGAUCAUGAAAGAACCCACACUGGAGAGAGGCUAUACUGUACAUGUUGUGGGAAGGAAUUCACCUCUUAUUGCACUCUGUACCAGCAUGAGAGAAAGAAAAAGUAUAAUUUGUCCAUAUAUCAGAAAUACCAAAAGGGACAGUUUCCUUGUAAAUUAUGUAAUAAAGUGCUGACCACUGAGCAGUCACUCAGACAGCACACAUUAUUGCAUGGGCCCAAGAAUUACAACUGUGAGAAAUGUGGCAGGACUUACGUCACGCAAAAACGUUUAAAUGAUCACGUCCGAAAUUGUCACAAGGCGGAGGAUCAAUUGUGCACCUUAUGCGACAAGGGUUUCAAGUCUCGCAAAGCUCUGGUGGCGCACUACAUGCGAAGUCACGGCGACGAUGACGGCGAGAAAAAAUCCUCGGCGAAAAGAGAACAUCCGUGUCCCGUUUGCGGACGUGUCUGCGUUACCAAACAAACACUGGAACAACAUGUGUUGCAACAUGGUCCAAAGAAUGUUACAUGCGAAGUGUGUGGCAAAGCUUACGCCAGUGAAAAAAGAUUGAAAAUACACAUAGCAUACGCACACAAUGACAAGGAGUACACCUGCCCAAUAUGUGGAAAAGUAUAUAAAUCAAAGGAUGGUUAUGACUAUCACAUGAAAAAUCACACUGGCGAAAACGUGCAUGUCUGUGACGUAUGUUCCAAGGAAUUCAAGUGCAAAGGUUCUUUACGAGAUCACAUGCGCCUGCACACUGGAGAGGCAAAAUUUAAAUGCAGUCACUGCAAUCGUGUAUGUUUGAACAAACGUAAAUUGAUGGACCAUUUAAGGGUACAUACUGGCGAAAAACCUUAUUCUUGUUCCGUGUGCGGUAAAGCAUUUGCCAUUGUCACGAAUUUGAACACUCACAUGCGUAUACACACGGGGGAGAAAACACAUCUGUGUCCCAAAUGCGGGAAAGGCUUUUACGACUCUCGUAAUUUAAGGAAGCACUUGUUAACGCAUAAUAAUUCUACUGAAGAAAUUAAAAUUAUCAUUGAAUGAAAUGAGGAUUAUGUAAUCUAUUUUCAGAAUAUUUUUAAACGAAAAGCAAUCAAUUUUAUAAUGCUUAUUUUAGUGAUAUAUUUGUGUUAUUAUCAGAUUGUGACUGUAUCAGUUAUCGAAUUAAGAAUAAUUGUUUUUUACCGUACUAUUUAUAAUAAAAUAUAACAAUGA